GCUGCAUCAUCCACUACCUUGAAUUCUGGACGUUCAAUCCUCGAGGACUCACUCAACCUACCUAAUUGCAGGAAUUGGCACCAUGCUCAUCCAAGAGUCUCACGUUGAUGUCCCCACCACGGCCGAUGGCCAAGGGACGAUGCGAAUCUACAUCUACCACCCCACAAUCCCAGGCUACCCCAAUGCCCGAUUCCCGGGCGUGGUCGUCUUCAGCGAGAUCUACCAAGUGACGGGCCCCGUAGCACGCUUUGCGCGACAGAUCGCCGGUCAGGGCUACAUUUGCGCGGCUCCCUCUAGCUAUCAUGAGUUUACGGGUCCGGAGCCUCUCAAGUAUGACGCGGAGGAUACGGAUAAGGGGAAUGCGUGGAAGAUUGGAAAGAAACUAUCCGCCUACGAUGAAGACGCCAGUCUCUCGGUAGACUAUCUCCUCUCACUACCAACGUGCAAUGGCCGCGUUGGCGCGACGGGUAUGUGUCUGGGUGGCCAUCUGGCGUAUCGGUGUGCGUUGGACAGUCGCAUCAAGGCGGCGGUGUGUUACUUUGCGACCGAUAUUCAUAGUAAGACUCUGGCGCUGGGGAAGAAUGACGACAGUCUUGCAAGGGCGGGGGAUAUCAAGGGGGAGUUGUUGAUGAUCUUCGGCAAAAAUGACAACCAUGUCCCGCCAGAGGGCCGGGACUUGAUCCGCAAGACCCUACAUGAGAAGGGCGUUCUCUUCAGUUUCUAUGAAGUCGCCUGGGCACAACAUGCCUUUAUCCGAGAUGAGCUCAGCAAGGGCCGGUACGACCCUGCCAUCACCAAGGCCUGCUUCGAGAUGCUGCUGGAAUUGUUCGGACGCACCUUGAAGUUGGACCUGGGCGAGCAUGAUGGAAAAAACUUGGUGAUUGAGGAUGUUUGCUAAGUGGGUGCACGUACAUCGUCGCGGGUUCAAUCUGAUCCCAUCCCAGGCUCAGCGGGGGUUCCGAGGGCCAGGAUGGGGGUGGGUGGGACAGAAUGCGCACAGAAAAAGGGGGGAUGACCUGGACGGGUGUUUGAUGGGGAUUUAUUGAUUGAUUAAUUGAUUGUAUGCUAGGUCCGGCAAUGGUCGAUUGUGAAGAUGGCUGGUGGGAAUUUCAAGGGAGACUUGGGCUAAGGAUGGGAGGACAAUGGGUGGCCCGAAGUAGGCGAUGUGUGAAGUCCUACGUACUCUCUUUCGUAUAGGGUAUCUCUUCUGGAGAUUAGCUUAGAAGUUACUAAGAUCACACACUACUCGGAGUAUGAAAUCUGGAAAUCAUUUCUUGACCCGAACAAGC